UGCGGGUCUCUUCCAAUUUUGACACAGGACACACGACAGGCAUCCACGCGAAACCAUGGCAUUGUCAGAGUCAGAGUCAUGCUAUGAGAAGUCAUGCUUGUUCAGAGUCAUGCUGAACUGAUUGUUCAUCUCCUGGACACAGUGGGAGGCUAAGAAGGUCAAUAUUGAUGGAGCUUUUUGCUUGACUGGAAUCAUCACUGUCAUUGUAAGUUGCAGUCCACGAAGCUGUUUUACCUUUUGCAGUUGCUGCCUUGAAACUUGUGCCACAGCCAUUUACAGGCUAAAGAAGGCAGACGAAACGUGUGCGAGUCGCAUUUUCACCUGUGACCCUCAGUGACGCAAUGGCUUUGCUGAAGUCCAUCGCACUCCUCGCGCUUUCGUUCGGCAAGGCAUGGUCUUUGGCACCAGGAGAUUGUGCUUUCGUUGGCAUCUAUGGUGAGAAGGAUGACUUUGCCAUCCUCUUGAUGGAGGAUGCUGAUGGUGAGAAGAUCUCCUUGACUGACGGGAAUUUCAAGGACAAGAACUAUCAGUCAAGCCAGCGUGCCCAAGCCAAAGCCCAUGUGAAGGAUGCUGUGAAGGGAACAGUCUUGAGGAAGUCUGACUUCCAGACGGAAGAUGGCUGGUCCUUCGCUGCUCCUUUGGCCCUCACCGUCUUCAAGGGAAGCCCAUCGUCCCCCACGGCCUUGUGUGGUGUCAGCUUGGAUGGGAAAGCUGGCAACAUGAUGGCUCGCAGGUUGGAUGAUGAGGUGGCCGCCCUGAAUCUGGGUGAAACUGAGACCGCCCAAUAUGCUGGUCCGAUGGUUGGCAGCAAGGGAGAGCUCUUGGACGGCAUCAGCAACCCCAUGAACUGGUUGCGAGAUGCAGGAGCUCUUCGCAAACUCUCGGGCUUCAGCAUCGCAAUGGGCCAAAACAGCACCACCAGCAUGACCACGACCUCCAUGGAAGAGAACACCACCUCCACGACUAUGACCACAACCCUGGACGAGGGUGGAACCGACGCUGGAGUGCAUGCGACUGUUUGGUGGAUCUUGACCCUCGGCGUGGCACUUCUGAGUGGAACAGAGGCGGCUGGUGGCUGGUGAGGCGUUUCGGUGAGGCGUUUCAGUUUCUCUACUGAACGGCGUUUGAAGCAGUAAAGUAUCGGGCUUGGGUAGCAAUGACUUCCCACCGAACAGAGCUGAGCACUCACAGAGCUUUAUUUAAUAGUAGUCCUUUUCUCGUGGCACUCAG